UGCAUUUCAGAAUGAUUUCACUGGACGGAAUCAACAAUAAUCAUCAUGGCUACCAGGAUAUGGACACUUCUAAAAAGCCGAGUUACUUGAAAAUGUGGCCUUUUGUGUUGUACUUACUAGCUUGUUUUACAUUUGGAUUGUUCUGCUUUGGGUAUGCAUUUUGGCGGGCUUCUAACAAACCAACUUGGCCACAUCAAAGAUUGUCUCCGGACCAAGAGAAUGUCUUCCCACCUGGCUUCUAUAUCGGCUGUGCUUCUUCUUCUUACCAGAUUGAAGGAGCUUGGGAUGCUGAUGGUAAAGGAGAAAACAUCUGGGAUCGUCUGGUCCACAUGUCACCGAGUAUUGUUAAGAACAACGACACUGGAGACAUUGCGUGUGACUCGUACCACAAAUACAAGGAGGAUGUGCAGCUUAUCAAACAAGUCGGGUUCAAUCACUACCGUUUCUCCAUUUCCUGGAGUAGAGUUCUGCCCAACGGCCAUGAUGACUACAUCAACCAAGCUGGGCUUGACUACUACCACAACCUUAUUGACGAACUACUUGCAAACGGUAUAGAGCCAAUGGUUACCCUAUACCACUGGGACCUUCCUCAACCCCUCCAAGAUCUUGGAGGCUGGACUAACCCUCUCAUGGCUGAUUAUUUUGAAGAUUACUCCAGAGUAAUAUUUAGAGAGCUCGGCCCUAAGGUGAAAUGGUGGAUAACCAUUAACGAGCCUAGGAACAUAAUUCGAGGGUACGGUCCAGCAAAAACUGACAUCAAUUUCCUGGCUCCGAUGAUCUUCCAGGCAGGAAUCGGAGACUAUCUAGCAGCUCACACUCUCUUACGAGCUCAUGCUAAAGCUUACAGACUUUACGACAAGGAGUUCAGGAGAUCACAAAACGGCAAAAUUUCUAUCACAUUAGACUGCAGGUACUACGAACCUCAUUCAGUCACUUGGGAAGACAGAAUGGCAACAAUUAGAGCAAGUGAGUUUGAGAUUGGAGUAUUUGCACAUCCGAUAUUCUCCAGGAGAGGUGACUAUCCGAGGCUUGUCAAGGAGCGUGUCGACUCGCACAGUUCAAAGGAAGGACGAGCUACUUCACGGCUUCCUAGGUUUACAACUGAGGAAAUUAAACAGAUCAGAGGUAGUUAUGACUUCUUCGGCCUCAACCACUACACGUCCAGCCUCGUAUCAGCUGCGGAGGAAGGUGCUAACCCAUCCUUCAUGCGGGACACCGGGGCUGUCCUCGGAUACGAUCCUAACUGGCCAACAGCAAGGUCUGCCUGGUUGAAGGUUGUGCCUUAUGGUCUUCGAGGUGUUCUUAACUACAUCAAAGACCAGUACAACAAUGUGCCUGUGUUUAUUACGGAGAAUGGCUACAGUACUGAUGGUGGCAUUGACGAUCAAGAGAGAAUACAGUAUUUCCAUGACUACCUAUACCAAAUGCUCCUAGCCAUUCAUGAGGACGAUUGCAACGUCAUCGGCUAUACUGCUUGGAGUAUCCUUGACAACUUUGAGUGGGGCAACGGAUACACAGAGCGAUUUGGUCUUUUCGAAGUCAACUUUACCGACCCUGACAGACCGAGGCAGAAAAGAAUUUCCGCCGAUUAUUUUAAAAAGAUGAUUAAGACUGGAAAACUACCUGAGAUGACUGAACAAUAUGAUGAUAAAGAUAAUUAAUGUAAACAAUAAUACAUCA